UCGGAUCAACAGGUCACAGUGAAAAAGUUUCUAAACUUUCUCGCUUGCAUUGCGAUUUGCAUCCGCGGAUCGCCGGUGAUUACUGCAGAUUAGCGGACAUUGUCUUCCGUGAAAUCUGCUUGUCGGGUCUCUGCUACGUGUAUCUGGUGUGAACGCACAGCGGAGGACUUCUCGUUAAGGACUUACUACCAGGAUUUUUACCUGGAUCUUAUACAUGCCCUAGUGCCGCCUGGUAUCUUUGUAAUCUGGAUUUUACUGUGUGAUGAAUUGUGCCAGCUGGUUCAUCAGAGGGGAUACUAAGAUUUACCUCCCUUAGUACUGACUGUAAGCGCCAGCCAGGUGACCAAUGUAUAAGUGAACGUGCUGUGUUUCCAUGGAAACCAUGGAUACUGUAGUAGCAGUUGCAAUAGGCAUUCUAGCUACGAUCUUCGUAGCUUCGCUGGUGGCCCUGGUGUUUGUGUGCCGACAGAAGUACUGUCAGAAAUUUGACCUCAUCUCAGCAGCCAAUCAGAGAGAAGUGAGGCCCGAUGUUCAGUUAAUCAACUCUAUGGAAACGGGCAACUCCGAGCAGACGGCAGACGUGGAAUUAUCCGAUGUCCAGGUAACCAAUCCAAACCUGGAGGAGAUACUCAAAGACGAGCGAUGGGUGGAUGAUGCGACUGGUUUGGUACCUCACUGUAUUGCUAUCCUGAAGACCUGUCAUCAACUGACGGAGCGUCUGGUUGGCAUGACAAUGGAGAACUCCCAGCAGAUUCGCACCCAGGAAACACUGACAGACAUCAUCAGUAUCUCCAAGCGGGUCAGUCCGCGGGUUGAUGAGGUGGUCAAGUGCAUGUAUCCUCCUCUGGAUGCUAGACUUCUGGAGGCUAGGUGUUCAGCUCUGGUUCUUUUGGUCAGUCACUUGGUGUUAAUCACCAAACAUGCCUGCCACCUGUCUGGUGGCCUGGACUGGAUAGACCAAUCACUGGCUGAUGUGGAGGAUCACCUGGUGGUAUUACGGGAAGCCAGCGUAAAUGAAGCUCGUGCACUGGCAAGCACAGCUGCUGCAUCAGGAGAAGGGGAUUUGCCUAACAUCUGCAACGGAGGCGUGAAUUCACCCACCAAUAACAACAACAAUAAUUCCAAUUUGCCGCAGCAACGGAUCGAGUCUUCAUCACAGGUGUAGUGAUGGUGCAUUGUGGGAUAGCAAGAGGGCGCAUUGGCUGUUGAUGUGUGUCUAGGAGUUUUCAUGGUGGUGACACUGGCAUGUUUUUUGUCCGCAGGAUGAUGAAGUAUUAUAAAGGUCUAUGUUACGUGUAUGUGUUUCGUGUACAGGAUUCCAGAAGACUGCCAAGAACUUGCCGAUGGCACUUUUGUGCACAUCGUGCCUCGUAGUUCAUUUGUCUUUGGAACGAAAACAAAACGUGCAGAUUUACGAAAGAUAAGGGACCAUGGAGACAUAAGAGCUUGUGUUGCAAUUCUAGGCUCUCUGCCAGCUGAUGUUCAUGAUGGGAAGGUGGCAUGUAUUUUUUAAUCCUGUGAUGUGGCACAAGUGUAAAGCAGGACCUUAAGCCAUUGUGACGUCAAAAAUAGAUUGUAGUGCAACCUCUACAAUGUUAAAACGUAUCUGUUUCUACUGUAACGCCAUACUGUCUUAUAUAUGACGUCAUCAUGAUGAGCUGGGAA